AUGGCGAUCGCCGUGGGCCCGGAGGACGAGGUGGAUACGGACCCGAUUCUGGAGAUCGACGUGGACCUGGAGGACCGGGAGGACGAGGCGGAUACGGACCCGAUUCCGGAGAACGACCCGGUCCUGGAGGUCGCGGCGGCCGCAGACCCGAAGAUGACCGUCGGGGCGGACACGGCCGCUUUGGUCCCGAUUCUGACGAACGACGUGGCGGAUCUGGAGGUCGUGGUGGAAGGUUCGGCCCGGAUUCUGAUGAAGGGCGCGGACGUGGUGGACACGGACGCUACGGACCUGAUGAUGAUGAUCGUCGAGGACGCGGAGGACACCACGGUGGAUCUGAUGAGCGACAGGGAGGCCGAGGUGGCGAUCGUCGCUACAACGACGAGCCGAUCGGACGACGUGGUGGACGUGGAGGUGAUUCUGAGGAUUCGGAAGAGCGAGGACACGGACGCGGAGGAGAUGACCGACGAGGUGGAGGCGGUCGAUUCGGGCCAGAUUCGCGGGAACGACUGGGUGGACGGUCUGAUGAAAGGCAGGGAGGACGCGGUGGGAGCCCGUGGGAUCAGGAUCGUCAAUUUGACGAGAGACGUCGUGGGCGUGGUGGACCUGGAAUGCCACCACCACCCCCACCUCUACCUCGCGAGCAAGAUGGUGCUUUUGCACGGAACGAACUGCGUCAGCACUGGCAAAGACUGUUUGUGCUGCUGUGGAGGGUAUAUCCCGGAUGCAGCCUCGGGUAACUGCACCGAUAUACGCCGUCGCAUCCCUGGAAUUGAUGGCCUCAUGGGCUUUGCGCUUCAAUCAACGACCGUAUCCAGCCUCGACGACGACUCUACCACCCAGGAUUCCAUGUAU